GCGGAUGACGAUUUUAAAUAUCGAAAAUAAAGAUUCUCUGACAAGCUGGAAAGCAGUAAAAUGGAGUCAACCAAGGUAUUUUAGUAAUUUGAUUAGUUUCAUCGAUUCCGUUUUAAUCUUCGUAUAAAUAAAAUUCAUCGAAAAAAAAUCCCCCCAAAAUUUCACCCAUUUUGCCCGCCAUUUGCUUCUUUCUUUAUUCCAAAUAUUUUUUUUAGGGCUCAAACCCUCUUUCAAGUUCUCCAAAGAAACCCUAAUUCCUUUAAAAUUACCCUCUGAUUUUUACUUUAUUUCGAAAAUACCACUGCUUUCUAAUCUCUUCAUGCUCUCUCUCUGCUGCAAAUCCCUCACUCGCCGAUUAACCAAUCGAUGAGCAAUCUAAGCAGCAUGUCCGGGGCUUCGGAACUACAGGGCCCAGGAAUGAUAGGCAUGGCCCACCUUGGCAUCGGCCUAUCCAACACCAUUCACUCCGAGGUCGCUCAGUGCUUGCCCCUUCCUUCGUUACCUGUUUUCUGUGGCGCUUCGGAUUCGGAGCUCCGACUGUUUGACGACCUGGCUGGUGGAACUUUGAGGUCUAUGAAUCGACCGGAAAUUAUUGCACAGUCUAGUCGAAUUUCUGAUCUGCUUUGCGAAACCGACAUUUCGUAUCUGAAUCUUAGAGAUGAGGCUAGUUCAGUUGCUAGUUCAAUUACAUAUGACCAUGUGGAGCCCUUGGAACUUCAUGCACAUGUUCUCCAAUACAAUCCUGCGGCAUUUGAGUAUGUCACCCCUGGUCUUGUCAAGGAGCAAAUCUCUGGUGGUGCAGUGUUUGAAAGGAAGCCAUCUGAGUUGAGCUUUCCUCUUAUUAGUCAACUCCAGAGAGAAAUUAGCAGCACUCAAAAUCAGCAGACUCAUGCUAAUGAUGCACCUAGAUUGUCUUCUAGGAAGCCAAAAGUCAAGAAAAAGGCUGCUGAGGACAUUGGGUCAUCAGUUCGACCAGACCCUACAGAACUUCAAGAUGCCAUCAUUGGGAACUUUCGUGAGAUGCUAGAGGACUUUUGCAGCAGAGCUCAAAUCCCUAGUGAUGAUCGGGAUGAGAUGGAGUGGUUGUCAUUGCCAGUUAAUGAUGUUAGAGCUCUUGUAAAUGAAAUUAUGUCUAUACAUGCAAAGAAACUUCUACAUUUAGUUCCCGUAGAUAUUCUUGUGAAAUUGUUACGAGUUCUAGAUCAUCAGAUACAUCGAGCAGAAGGUUUGUCGGUUGAUGAAUGGGAGCAUCAAGAUUCAGAUGUAUUCUCCGUAGUAUUUUGUUCCCUGGAGUCCAUUCAUGCUUCUUUGGCAGUAAUGGCACAUAAUGACAUGCCAAAGCAAUUAUAUGAUGAAGAGAUCAUUGAAAGGAUUUUAGAGUUCUCUAGGCAUCAGAUAAUGGACGUUAUGUCAACUUAUGAUCCAUCAUAUCGUGUCUUGCAUAAACCAGGUGAAAAUGGAGCAGUUGAAGAUGAUGAAGAUGAAGAGCCUGAAGCUGGACUAGGUUCUGCUAGCAAGAAACGACGUAGUACCAAGAGUGUUAAAAUGAAGAAAUCAGCAUUGAACAAGGUCUCUGGUGCUGUGAAUGCUGUACUACAAAAACUCUGCACUAUUCUUGCUUUACUCAAGGACUUGUUGUUGAUUGAGAAGUUAUCUGAUAGUUGUGUUCUACAACUGCUGAAGACAAGCUUUGCUACUUUUUUGGUUGAUAACAUACAGCUCUUGCAACUCAAAGCAAUUGGUUUGAUAACUGGGAUAUUCUACUCAUACACCCAACAUAGAACAUAUGUAAUAGAUGAAAUGGUUCAACUGCUAUGGAAGUUGCCGUUUUCGAAGCGAGCAGUAAGAGCAUAUCACCUACCUGACGAAGAACAGAGGCAGAUCCAGAUGGUUACAGCUUUGCUGAUUCAAUUGGUUCAUAGCAGUGCUAACCUUCCUGAAGCUUUAAAGCCAACAUCCAGGGGGAGUCCAAGCUUGGAAGUCUCAGUUGAUGCUGGUUAUUUAACCAAAUGCCAUGAAUCUGUCCAGGAAACAUGUUGUCAUUUCUGGACCCGUCUCCUUCAACGCCUUGCUUCUGUCAAGACUCAUGAUGCCUCUGAGUUGAAAGUGAUGAUUGAGAAUCUAGUCACUGAUUUACUAACAACAUUGAAUCUACCAGAAUAUCCUGCUGCAGCUCCUGCUUUGGAGGUUCUUUGUGUGUUGCUGCUCCAAAAUGCCGGUCUGAAAUCUAAGGACAUCUCUGCACGUGCAAUGGCCAUUGAUCUUCUUGGCACAAUAGCAGCCAGGUUGAAGCAUGACGCUCUUGUCCAUAGGAAGGACAAGUUCUGGAUAUCAGAAGAAUUGCUUAGUGGGGAUAAUGUUGAUCAAAGUUACCCAAAGGGUGCAUGUUCAAUUUGUUUGGAUGGAAAGGUAGAGAAAGUGCUCUAUAGUUGUCAAGGUUGUCAAAGAUUUGUCCAUGCUGAUUGUAUGGGGGUAAGAGAACAAGAAAUUCCUAAUCAUAGUUGGUACUGCCAGUUUUGCAUCUGUAAGAAGCAACUUCUUGUGUUGCAAUCAUACUGUCAAUCACAGUACAAGGAUGACAAGAACAAGAAACAUGGUAGCUCAGAAAGUUCCAAAUCUUCUGAUCCAAUUAUGAAAGUUGAAAUUGUUCAGCAGAUGCUUUUGAAUUAUCUUCAAGAUGCCUCUUCUUCUGAUGAUAUCCAUCUCUUUGUUCGAUGGUGCUAUCUUUGCUUGUGGUACAAGGAUGGCCCCAAACCUGAACAAAAUUUCAGGUACUACCUUGCUAGACUGAGAUCAAAGGCAAUAGUGCGUGACUCAGGGACUGUUUCUUCACUGUUGAUAAGGGAUUCAGUCAAGAAGAUUGCUUUAGUGCUGGGACAAAAUAAUUCUUUCUCUAGAGGAUUUGACAAGAUUCUUUGCUUGCUUCUGGUUAGCUUAAGAGAGAACUCUCCUGUAAUUAGGGCUAAGGCUUUAAAAGCUGUUAGUAUUAUCGUCGAAGCUGAUCCAGAGGUAUUAGGUGACAAACGUGUUCAAGUGGCUGUUGAGGGAAGGUUUUGUGACUCUGCAAUAUCUGUCAGAGAAGCCGCAUUGGAACUAGUUGGCAGACAUAUUGCUUCACAUCCAGAUGUUGGUUUAAAGUACUUUGAGAAGGUGGCAGAGAGGAUUAAAGAUACUGGAGUCAGUGUUCGGAAACGAGCAAUCAAAAUUAUUCGAGAUAUGUGCAAUACGAAUCCUAACUUCUCAGGGUUUACAAGUGCUUGCUUUGAGAUAAUUUCUCGUGUUAGUGAUGAUGAAUCAAGCAUUCAGGAUCUUGUUUGUAAGACAUUUUAUGAGUUCUGGUUUGAAGAACCUUCUGGAGUGCAGACACAGUAUCCUGGAGAUGGUAGCUACGUUCCAUUGGAGGUGGCUAAGAAGACCGAGCAGAUUGUUGAAAUGCUAAGACAGUUGCCUAAUAAUCAGUUUUUUGUAACUGUCAUUAAGCGUAACUUGGCCCUUGAUUUUUUCCCUCAAUCAGCAAAAGCUGCUGGAAUCAACCGUGUCUCACUUGCUGCAGUACGUAGGCGAUGUGAAGUGAUGUGCAAGUGCUUACUGGAAAGAAUAUUGCAAACGGAGGAAAUGAGUAAUGUGGAAGCAGAAGUUCCUACACUUCCCUAUGUGUUGGCCUUGCAUGCAUUUUGUAUUGUGGACCCAUCACUCUGCAUGCCAGCUUCUGAUCCUUCACAAUUUGUGAUCACACUACAGCCUUAUCUUAAGAAUCAGCUUGAUAACAGAGUUGUUGCACAGUUACUGGAGAGUAUAAUCUUUAUAAUUGAUGCUGUUAUGCCUUUGAUGCGAAAGUUGCCUCCUAAUGUUAUCGAAGAACUAAAACAAGACUUGAAGCACAUGAUCGUCCGACAUUCUUUUUUAUCCGUUGUCCAUGCUUGCAUCAAGUGUCUUUGUUCUGUGAGUCAAAAGGCUGGGAAUGGUGGUACUGUUGUUGAGUAUCUUAUUCAGUUAUUCUUCAAAUUUUUGGAUUCCCAAGUGACUGAUAAAAAGCAGCAUGUGGGGCGUUCUCUGUUUUGUCUUGGAUUGCUUAUCCGCUAUGGAAACUCUUUGUUUAAUGGUUCCAGUAACAAAAAUAUUGAUAUUGCUAGCAGUUUUAGUUUGUUUAAAAAAUAUCUUCUAAUGGAUGAUUUUAGCAUAAAGGUUAGAUCUUUGCAGGCAUUAGGCUAUGCACUAAUUGCUAGGCCUGAAUAUAUGUUGGAGAAAGACAUUGGAAAGAUAAUUGAGGCAGCAUUAGCACCGAGUUCUAAUGUUCGCCUUAAGAUGCAAGCGUUACAAAAUUUGUUGGAAUAUCUUCUUGAUGCGGAAAGUCAAAUGGGAACCAAUAAAGCAGUUCAUUAUUCUGUAGAAGGUGGCCAUAGCGUCCCCGUAGCUGCGGGUGCUGGUGAUACUAACAUUUGUGGGGGUAUUGUCCAACUGUACUGGUAUAAUAUUCUGGGGAGAUGCUUGGACUUUGAUGAAGAAGUUCGCCAAUCUGCCCUAAAGAUAGUGGAAGUAGUGCUUCGUCAAGGUCUUGUUCAUCCUAUAACUUGUGUCCCAUACCUUAUAGCACUUGAAACGGAUCCUCUGGAGGUCAACCAAAAGUUGGCUCAUCAUUUGCUAAUGAAUAUGAAUGAGAAAUAUCCUGCUUUUUUUGAAAGCCGUCUAGGUGAUGGGCUUCAGAUGUCAUUUAUCUUCAUGCGUUCCAUUAGCAGCAAUGCACGGGAAAAUCUAAAUGAAAAAUCCCAAUCCAAGUUUCCUGGAACUGUGAAAGGGAAACCUGAUCCUAUGUCUUUAACGCAAGCAAGGCUGGGAGUUUCCAGAAUUUACAAGCUCAUCCGUGGAAAUCGGGUUGCUAGGAACAAAUUUAUGUCCUCAAUUGUGCGUAAAUUUGAUAAUCCUAGCUGGAAUGAUUCAGUUAUACCUUUCUUGAUGUAUUGUACCGAAACUCUUGCUUUGUUACCAUUUUCAUCUCCUGAUGAACCACUUUAUUUGAUCUAUGCUAUAAAUAGAGUGCUACAAGUCAGGGCGGGGUCACUUGAGGCAAAUAUGAAGGCCUUGAGUUUAAAUUUGCUGCAAACAGAUACUCAGAAGACAACUCAUGGUAAUGGGAUAGUUCAGCUGGAUCCCAAUCAAGCAGUUUUUAAUUAUAUGGCUACGGUAGAUUUGAAUGGAGCAAAUCAGGAGCCUGUGUUUCAGCCUGCUUUCCAUCACAUGACAUCCGUUGAUUUGAAUGGUACAAUCCAACAAAAACUCACUCAUCAGUCUAUUUCGCAUUAUCCUCCUGCAAUGGAGACAAUGCAUAAGAUGAGCCCUUCUGAAACUCAUGCUGUCUCUGAAGAGGAAAUGCAAAAAAUCCAGGCCGACUGUCUUGCUGCUACUGCACUACAGCUUCUUAUGAAGCUUAAAAGACACCUAAAAAUUGUUUAUAGCCUGAAUGAUCAAAGAUGCCAGGCAUUUUCUCCAAAUGAACCUAUAAAAUCUGGGGAUGUUCUCUCGAGGCAGAAUCUUCCCUUUGACGUCAGUGAAACACACAGGACCUUGCCUUCCACAAAUCGAGAUAUGGUGCAGAGAUAUCAGGAAUACAAAAAUGCUUUGAGGGAAGAUACUAUCGAUUACUCAACUUUCACAGCAAAUAUCAAAAAGAAACGCCCAAAUCCCAGAAGAGGAGGGAAAGCCGGUCGCAUGACUGGUGGGGAUGAGGAUGAUGAUUAUGAUGAUGAAGACUGGACAGGCAGUGCUCGGAGGGUGAGUAAUAGUGGAAGGAAAAGUUACAGUGGCAGGGGCAGUCGGCAACGAUGGUAGAUGUAAAUAUAAUGACAGGUAGGCUAACAUGUAUAUUUACAUUGAAGGACAAGAAUAGAAAUAGGAUAGGUUAAUAGCAAAAAUGGAUUGGGAGAUUUGGAAAGCAGCAAGGGUAUAGUAAAUUGCUUGCCCUGAUAGGGAGGAUUGGUUUCUUUUGUUUUUGUUUUUUUUUUUAGCUGUUUCCUUUUGUAGUUUUUGAUUGGGCUCUCUACGGUAAAUUCUUUCUUUUAUUGAGAGUUAACCACUUGCUAUUUUUAGAUCUGAUUUUUGCUGGCAUGGCAACAAGAUUUGUAAUGAAAUAGGCUUUUUUUUUUUUUUCUCUGCGGUGUCUGAAAUCAUUUUGUUGGAUCUUGUAAAAUCAGCAAAAUUGUGUUAUAUUCUUCUCUGGU